AUGAUAAUACCACACGAACUAGAAGCAGCAGGCCCAGCCAAAUCACCCAGUAUAGAAAGCACACACGAAAGCAAGAAGCGCAGGAUUGCUACUGCUGAAAGGUAUCCCGACAUUCCACGUCUGGUAUCAUUGUUCAGUAGAAGUAUCAGGCAUCCCUUGAAUGUGAAGCCCAGUGGAAAUGCAUACCUACCAGUUUCCAACGACACCAAUGCUCUUUCGAGGGAAUCCCAAAUGGGCCAUUUCGCAAGGUUUUCAGACGAGAUGAUGAUGACAUUCUUAUCAGUUAUCACCGAUGAAUCAUCAUUGAAAAACUUAUCCCAUACUUCGAGGGUCAUGUAUGCAUACUUGUACGAUGAAGACUUGUGGAAAAAGCUUUACGUGAGAAAGCUCAAGGAUGGGCAAUUAGAAUCAAGGUGGUAUGGUUCAUGGAGAGGCAACGUCUUAAAGUUGGAUAGAGCCCACCAAGCCAACCUACAACUUCCUGACAAUUUGGUUUGUUCAGACAUCUUGUACAGACCAUUCCAAUGCUCCCAGAUAGAUUAUGAUAAAGUUUUCCACAAAAUCAUAGCGGAAGAAUCAAUUUAUCAUAAGGAUGCCUUGAACAAUUCAUUAAAGCAAUUGCCUCGUGGAAGGAUCCAAAGAAUAUCCGAGAAAGAAAUGAGCCCCCAAGACUUCAAUUCAUCAUACCACAACACCCCUUUUAUUUUGGUAAACAAUGAUGAAGACAGAUGGCCUCGCUGGAAUUUCUCAACUUUGCUUGAUAGAUUCCCUAACGUUAAAUUUAGACAAGAAGCAGUGGAGUGGGAUUUAUCACUCUACGACGAAUACUUAAAGAACAACCGUGACGAGAGUCCGUUGUAUCUCUUUGACUGCAGCAGUGUGGCCAUGAAGACUUUGAGACAGGAAUAUGAGGCACCAGAGAUUUUCAAGAAUGACUUGUUCACCAUUUUCAAUUUGGAGAAUGGACAAGUAAACUGUCGUCCAGAUCAUGCAUGGCUAAUUGUUGGACCUAAGCGUUCGGGCUCCACAUUUCACAAGGACCCCAACUACACUUCUGCCUGGAACACUGCUUUGACGGGAAGAAAACUCUGGGUGAUGCUCCCACCGGAUAUAACACCACCAGGUGUUGGAACCGACGAAGAAGAAAGUGAGGUGACUUCUCCCGUAGGAAUAGCUGAAUGGGUGAUGUCUGGGUUUUUCAAUGACUCGCUCAAGAUCGAUGAAUGCUUGAUUGGGGUUACAUUUCCUGGGGAAUGUAUGUAUGUUCCUUCAGGUUGGUGGCAUUCAGUAAUCAACUUAGACGACUCAGUGGCAUUGACUCAGAAUUUUGUUCCUAGUUCAAAGUUGCCCAAUGCGUUGAAUUUCCUCAAGAAUAAGCUGGCACAAAUCAGUGGAUUCCGUCCUAGGAACGUCAAAAAUGUUCUUGAACAUGUUCUUGAUCAUUUGAAGGAAAAGGGAAUAGAAAAGUCUGAGAUUACCAAGCUCCAGGAGUAUAGAGACAAGUUCGAGACUCUCAAUUUGGGAGACCGAUUGGCAAACGAGGAUUGUGGGGAAAUUGCAGAAUUGCCACCAAUGCCCAUUUUCGAGUUGUUUCAGGUAUUGUUAAAAUUGAACGGCAAGCAGCAGGAGUUGCAAGAAGGGUUGGAGAAGUUGAAGAAGAUAGAAAGAAAAGCCAGAGAGUUGAGGGAAGGCCGCAGUGAAGCAUGGGAGAAGCUUACCAAGGUUGAACAAGAAGGAGAUGCUCCAAAAGCCUUCAGUUUUGGGUUCAGUUUCGAUGAGGAAAGCAGUGACGAGGAAUGA